CGUGACAUCGAACCACCACAACAGGCCCUCGGCCCUUGGAGAUGCUCUGGAGAUGCUGCCUAGUUCUCAUUGGCGCUCUUUGUACGCCCGUACUGAGCAAGCACUUGUCGAACGAGGAAUUUCGUGAGCAGGUCUCCCUCCAGACGCUGCAGGACGGCCGAGUCGCGUCAACGUUCUCAUUCAAUAUCCUGCUGAAGGACGCGACGCCGAGAGAGCCCCGAACCCUAAUCUUCGAUGACGAGUCCCAGCAUUACAAUCUGUUUCCCCUUGCUCUGGGCCAAAUAUUACGAGAAUACGCGGUGACCGAGCUGCAUCUCACUCUAAACGCAGGGAAGUGGAACUAUGAUUCAUGGGGAUACCCGAAAGAACGGGACGUUGGUACUGGUGCGGCGUUGUGGGCGUGGAUGGCUGACGGUGGUCCUACGUCAAUAGAUUACCGGUGGCAAGGCCUUCGAAAUGCCCUUGCGGGACUUUUCUGUGCUUCUAUAGGGUCAUUGGACGAGCAACGUACGACCUCGCCUGUCCUUCCAUUUGCACCCGAAGGCAGUCUUCCUGACUGGGGAGUCGAGCACGAACUCAGACAUGCUUCUCUGGCUUCCGAACACGUCUGCACCGAAAACUUGACACCAUUUUUGAAAUUAUUGCCAUGCAAAUCGUUGUCUGGUAUCGCGUCUUUAUUGAAUCCCCACCGUCUGUUUGAUGCAGACUGGCAUGGAAUGGGCCUUCAUGUUCUUUGGAAUCCCGAUGCGGGUGUAGAAGUGCGCCUCGCAUUUCAGUUGGUUUCCGAUCCACUCCGCAUAUCAGCUGGUAAAAAACAAGACUGGUCUUUUAGUACCUUGUUUGAUCGUACUAUCGAGAGAACCUGUCCAGUUGCCCAGUCAAGUAUAGUGGAUGUGGCUUUACCCAGGGAAGCCCUAUACAACAUUAGCCCCGAACCGCCACGGAUUGACCAGAACGUGGCGUUCUAUGACCUAACUAACAUGUCAGAAGCUCUCGACGUGAAAUUAAAAUGGGCACUGGAUUUCACAUAUCCGUUGGAUCCUCUCAAGAUUACUUCCAUGCCUAUCUCCGUCCGCCGUACGCUUCAAGGAGCUAGUCAGGAUCGGGGACAACUCUCUUUGGUCAUCAAGAAUAACGCACCAUUUCCCUUGCAAGUCCUCUAUCUGGAGACUAUGCCUUGGAUUGUUCAGUUUUAUCUGCAUACCAUGCGUGUUUCCAGCGAUACUAGUGGGGAUGAUUUCAUAUCCAACAUAUCGUAUGUACCUUCGGUGCCUCAUUCAAGACCCGCAACAUUCCAAGCAGUAUUGACGUUACCGACUGAGAGCACUGUUUAUCUAACCAUUGACGUCACCAAGGCCUUUCUACGAUACACAGAGCACCCUCCUGAUGCUCAACGCGGCUGGGACCUACCUCCAGCCAUCAUUUUACCACUUUCGAGCUCGAACGCCAUCAGAAGCGAAUUCGUUGGCCGCAUAUACACCCCGCCACUACUGGUCGAUCUCGCGACCCCAGAUUUUAGCAUGCCUUACAACGUUAUAGUCUUUAGCUGCUCGCUUAUUGCGUUCAUAUUUGGUAACAUAUUCAACCUUCUGACUCGAAAAUUUGUUGUUGUACGCCUAGGUUCUCAGCAGGGAACAUCAAAAUCAAAACAUGAUUGAUCCUUGUC